AUGGAUAUCGCAUACGAUCACAUCCAAGGGGAGAUCCUCUCCUCCAACGACAACUCCAAGAAGGAGGGAUCCGCCCAAGACGAGAACAAAACACAGCAGCAGUCAAACGUUGACCUGAACGCCGAGCUGCAGGAAACCUUCCGCGCCUUCUCCGCGAGCCCAUGGGGUAUGCGCAUUGGCGGCCUGUGGGACAACGUUCGCAAACAAGGCGAGACUUACUAUGAGGGCGCGAAGCAGGAGUACGCCGCGGCCAGCGAGGAAGCCGCCAAGGGCUUCUCGGACCUGAAGCAGAGUAUCGUGGGGCGCACGCGCGGUCUGUCCCUGAGUACAGCAUUUAAUGCCGGUGCCACGGAUAAGGCGGGAGAGGGGGAGACGGCUGCUACGCCAGAGACGUCUCGGUCGGUGGAUGCUCAGGGGGAGUCGGGUGCCGGAGAGGGCUUCCUGUCGAGGUUUAAGGCGGAAGCUGCUAGACGGCUGAAGGAGAUUGAGAAGGCGGAGGAGGCUGCCGAUGAAGCUAUUAUGCGCAUUGUUCCUCCGGAAUCGGAUUCCAGCAAGCUCCUCUUCGAGAGUAAAGAUGCGGAGGGCAAAAGGGUCAUCCAUGCUACUCGGUUUGAGGCGCAGUUGCAUGUUAUUCAUUCCAAUAUGGAGAGCUUCACUAAGGACCCGGUGAGCGAUGAGUGGCCUACGUUCAAGGAGAAGUUCAAUGUGGACAACAAGACCACUGAAAUCGCUGCCGAUCUUGAGAAGUACCCUGAGUUGCGGACUGCGAUGGAGAAGCUGGUGCCUGAGCAAGUUGAUUAUGCAAGCUUUUGGUGCCGGUACUAUUUCCUUCGUCUCGUCAUUGAGACUGAAGAGCAGAAGCGCAAAGAGCUUCUUAAGGGCGCCAAUGUUGACGACGAGGAAGAGGUUGGUUGGGAUGAUGAUUCGGAUGAUGAUACCGAUUCGCCCUCUACCCCUCAAGCUAAAGUUGACAGCAACAAGGCCAACGUCGCCCAGGGCUCUGCCGCCGCUGCUUCUGAGAACAAAGCAUUGAAACCCAAUGAGCCCCGCAAGUCUAACGACCAACAAUCCCAGCCUGACAGUGAAUCCAGUUAUGAUUUGGUCAGUGGUGCCACCAGCCGGACUCCUGCAAGCCCUAAGGAGAAAGCAAAGGAUGACGACAGCGAUGAUGACUGGGAGUAA